AUUCACUAUGUCAGCAGAAGGCAAAUACAGACUUUACAUAAUUCAAGUUAUCCUACUGUUCUUCAUUUAAUUUCCCUUGCCUGGAAUUUGCCCCUCAUUAGUUAUCGGGACUAGUGUAUGCGUAAGUUGAUAAGUGGUUUGUUGUGAUUAGAGUUCAGUGAACUCUCAAUCCCGGUUCCAUCUGUGUACUUUGUAGACGGUGCGUAAUAAAGUGAAAGAACACCAUGCGGCUUGUUAUCCUGGAGACUGCAGAUAAGGUGGCAGAAUGGUCAGCCAGAUAUGUGAUGAAAAGAAUAAAUGACUUCAAACCGGGUCCAGAAAGAUACUUUGUUCUGGGUCUUCCAACAGGUGGAACACCACUGGGCAUGUACAAAAAGCUUAUAGAAUAUCACAAAGCUGGAAAAAUAUCCUUCAAAUAUGUGAAGACUUUCAACAUGGAUGAAUAUGUUGGUCUUCCAAGGGAUCACCCUGAAAGCUACCAUUUUUACAUGUGGGACAAUUUCUUUAAACACAUUGACAUUGAUCCAAAGAAUGUCCAUAUAUUAGAUGGAAAUGCACCUGAUUUAGUGAAGGAGUGUGAAGAGUAUGAGAGGAAAAUUACAGAAGCAGGAGGAGUGGAACUGUUUAUUGGUGGUAUUGGACCUGAUGGACACAUAGCAUUCAAUGAGCCAGGCUCAUCAUUAGUUUCAAGGACAAGAGUGAAGACUCUGGCUCAAGAUACACUCGAGGCAAAUGCCCGCUUCUUUGGCAAUGAUAUAUCCAAGGUGCCAAAACAGGCUCUCACAGUUGGUGUUGGUACUGUUAUGGAUUCUAAAGAGGUAAUGAUUCUUAUCACUGGUGCCCAUAAAGCAUUUGCUUUAUAUAAAGCAAUAGAAGAAGGUGUGAAUCACAUGUGGACUGUGUCAGCAUUUCAGCAACACCGGCAAACAAUUAUGAUAUGUGAUGAAGAUGCAACACUGGAACUCCGUGUCAAGACUGUCAAAUACUUCAAGGCACUGAGUGAAGUUCAUCACAAACUGAUUGAAGAGGAUGGUUCUGGAUGGAAUAAACAUAAUGAAUCUGUGGAAUGUACACAGUAAGCUGAUAGAUGCUGGAAUGAUGAUGGGUGCAGAUGGUGAUAAGUAAUGCAAGGAAGUGCCUUUACACAUUAACACUGGUAAAUCUGAGUUGGGGUUACUUCAUAUCAUCACAACAAAUGGAUCAAAAGCCAAGAAUUUUAUCAGAAAUAAUAAUGUUUUCUAUUGAAAUUUUAUAUAUACUGUUUAUUGUGCUGUUUUGAGGUGUAAUUAUGUUUUUUAUGGAUUAAAUAAUACAUUCCAAUCAUGAAA